GGGAGAGUGCGCAUGCGCGGCAGGGUGUCACGUGACCAAGGGUAUAUAUAGUGGUGACGGGGCGAAACUGCGACAUAAGUGCGGCUGCCGCGACGCAGAGAGCAAGUGUGUGUUAAAAGGACGACUAUAUUUGGAGUUUUCUUGUAUCGCUAUUCUGGUGCACAAUGCAGAUCUUUGUCAAAACGCUUACUGGGAAAACUAUUACACUAGAAGUUGAGCCUUCGGACACAAUUGAAAAUGUAAAGGCAAAGAUCCAGGAUAAGGAAGGCAUCCCUCCAGACCAGCAGAGGUUGAUCUUUGCUGGCAAGCAGCUGGAAGAUGGUCGUACCCUCUCCGACUACAACAUUCAGAAGGAAUCUACACUUCACUUGGUUCUGAGACUGCGAGGUGGUAUGCAGAUUUUCGUGAAAACUCUCACUGGAAAGACCAUCACUCUGGAGGUUGAGCCAUCAGACACCAUAGACAAUGUAAAGGCAAAGAUCCAGGAUAAGGAAGGUAUUCCACCAGACCAGCAGAGGUUGAUCUUUGCUGGCAAGCAGUUGGAAGAUGGUCGUACACUCUCCGACUACAAUAUUCAGAAGGAAUCUACACUUCAUUUAGUGCUUCGUCUGAGAGGUGGUAUGCAGAUCUUCGUGAAGACCCUCACAGGGAAAACCAUCACCCUGGAGGUAGAGCCUUCAGACACAAUUGAGAAUGUGAAAGCAAAAAUCCAGGAUAAGGAAGGGAUCCCCCCAGACCAGCAGAGGUUGAUCUUUGCUGGCAAGCAGCUGGAAGAUGGUCGUACUCUCUCUGAUUACAAUAUUCAGAAGGAAUCUACACUACACCUGGUUCUGAGACUGCGAGGUGGUAUGCAGAUUUUCGUGAAAACCCUCACUGGAAAGACAAUUACCCUGGAGGUCGAGCCUUCUGAUACAAUUGAGAACGUAAAGGCAAAAAUCCAAGAUAAGGAAGGCAUCCCUCCAGACCAACAAAGGUUGAUCUUUGCUGGCAAGCAGCUGGAAGAUGGUCGUACCCUCUCCGACUACAACAUUCAGAAGGAAUCUACACUUCACUUGGUGCUUCGUCUGAGAGGUGGUAUGCAGAUUUUCGUGAAGACCCUCACUGGAAAGACAAUUACCCUGGAGGUUGAGCCUUCAGAUACCAUAGACAAUGUAAAGGCAAAGAUCCAGGAUAAGGAAGGUAUCCCCCCAGACCAGCAGAGGUUGAUCUUUGCUGGCAAGCAGCUGGAAGAUGGUCGUACUCUCUCUGAUUACAAUAUUCAAAAGGAAUCCACUCUUCACCUGGUUCUAAGAUUGAGAGGUGGUAUGCAGAUCUUUGUGAAGACCCUCACUGGAAAGACAAUUACCCUGGAGGUUGAGCCUUCGGAUACAAUCGAGAAUGUAAAGGCAAAAAUUCAGGAUAAGGAAGGUAUUCCACCAGACCAACAGAGGUUGAUCUUUGCUGGCAAGCAGCUGGAAGAUGGUCGUACCCUCUCCGACUACAAUAUUCAGAAGGAAUCCACACUUCACUUGGUUCUGAGGCUGCGAGGCGGUAUGCAGAUCUUCGUUAAGACCCUCACUGGAAAGACCAUCACCCUUGAAGUUGAGCCUUCAGACACCAUAGACAAUGUAAAGGCAAAGAUUCAGGAUAAAGAAGGUAUCCCACCAGAUCAACAAAGGUUGAUCUUUGCUGGCAAGCAGCUGGAAGAUGGUCGUACUCUGUCCGAUUACAAUAUUCAGAAGGAAUCUACACUUCACUUGGUUCUGAGGCUGCGAGGUGGUAUGCAGAUCUUUGUGAAGACCCUCACUGGAAAGACAAUUACCCUGGAGGUUGAGCCUUCGGAUACAAUCGAGAAUGUGAAGGCAAAAAUUCAGGAUAAGGAAGGUAUUCCACCAGACCAGCAAAGAUUGAUCUUUGCUGGCAAGCAGUUGGAAGAUGGUCGUACUCUCUCCGACUAUAAUAUUCAAAAGGAAUCCACACUUCACCUGGUUUUAAGAUUGAGAGGUGGUAUGCAGAUCUUCGUGAAGACCCUCACAGGAAAGACAAUUACCCUGGAGGUUGAGCCUUCAGACACAAUUGAGAAUGUAAAGGCAAAAAUUCAGGAUAAGGAAGGUAUUCCACCAGACCAACAGAGGUUGAUCUUCGCUGGGAAGCAGCUGGAAGAUGGUCGUACUCUCUCUGAUUACAAUAUUCAGAAGGAAUCUACACUUCACUUAGUGCUUCGUCUGAGAGGUGGUAUGCAGAUCUUUGUGAAGACCCUCACAGGGAAGACCAUCACCCUGGAGGUUGAGCCUUCAGACACCAUUGAGAAUGUAAAGGCAAAAAUCCAGGAUAAGGAAGGUAUCCCACCAGACCAGCAGAGGCUGAUCUUUGCUGGCAAGCAGUUGGAAGAUGGUCGUACCCUCUCAGACUAUAACAUUCAGAAAGAGUCUACCUUGCAUCUAGUUCUUCGGCUCCGUGGUGGAAUGCAGAUCUUCGUCAAAACGCUUACUGGGAAAACUAUUACACUAGAAGUUGAACCUUCGGACACAAUUGAAAAUGUAAAGGCAAAGAUCCAGGAUAAGGAGCGCAUCCCUCCAGACCAACAAAGGUUGAUCUUUGCUGGCAAGCAGCUGGAAGAUGGUCGUACUCUCUCCGACUACAAUAUUCAAAAGGAAUCCACACUUCACUUGGUUUUAAGACUGCGAGGUGGUAUGCAGAUCUUCGUGAAAAUAAUCACUGGAAAGACCAUCACUCUGGAGGUCACGCCUUCGGAUAAAAUUGAGAAUGUGCAGGCAAGGCUUCAGGAUAAGGCAGACAUCCCACAAAACCAGCAGAGGUUGAGCUUUGCUGGCAAGGCGCUGGAAGAUUAUCGUACCCUUUCAUACUACAAUAAUCAAAAUCAAUCUACACUUCACUUGCGUCUAAAACUGCGAGGCGGUAUAAAGAGCUUUGUGACGGCUCUCACAGUGAAGACCAUCACCCUGCAGGUUAAGCUUUCAGACACCAUAGACAAUGUAAAAGCAAUGAUCCAGGAUAAGGAAGGUAUCCCUCCAGACCAGCAGAGGUUGAUCUUUGCUGGCAAGCAGCUGGAAGAUGGUCGUAACAUUGUAUACAACCGUAUUCCAGAGAAAGCUACACUUCACUUAGUGUCUCGUCAAAGAGGCGCUAUGCAGCUCUUUGUGAAAACCCUCACUGGAAAGACGAUUACCCUGGGGGUUGAGCCGUCGCAUACAACUAAGAAUGUGAAGACAAAGAUUAAGGAUUAGGAAGGUAUCCCUCCAGACCAGCAGAGGUUGAUCUUUGCUGGCCAGCAGCUGGAAGAUGGUCGUACAUUCUCCGACUACAAUAUUCAAAAGGAAUCCACACUUCACCUGGUUUUAAAACUGCGAGGUGGUAUGCAGAUCUUCGUGAAAACAAUCACUGGAAAGACCAUCACUCUGGAGGUCACGCCUUCGGAUAAAAUUGAGAAUGUGAAGGCAAAGCUUCAGGGUGAGGCAGGCAUCCUACCACACCAGCAGUUGUUGGUUUUUGCUGGCAAGCAGCUGGAAGAUGGUCGUACCCUCUCCGACUACAAUAUUCAGAAAGAGUCUACCUUGCAUCUAGUUCUUCGGCUCCGUGGUGGACACUGAAAUGCUGUCUUUGUAAAGUUUAUAAUUCAAAGAUAUGCUUGUGGCUUAAAUUUGCACCUUACAAACCCCUUUCAUUUGUAGAUGGAUAUUUCUUUUGUAGAUUUUUUUUUUUACUUUUUAUAAUGUGCUAGAUGAGCCAAAUAAAUUGGCUAAACAUU